AGCGGGCUUUGAGCGAGUUGCAGCUACUCCUGGGACCGAGCUGUUGCGCGCCGCUCCGAGAUCCCCGCCCGCUGCCGAGGCCCUCUUCCAGUCCCGGAGACCCCUCCCCUCCCACGAGGCCCCCUUCCCUUCCCGUCACGCCGCGAGGAUGGAUCCAGUGCGGAUCGCCGUCCGGGAGGCUGUUCACAUCCUUUCAUCUUCUAAGGAUGGUGGCUGCAUCUUCUCUACCCUGGAGUCCCUGAAGCAUUAUCUCGGAGGAACAGAGAACCCAGCCCUCCCUGGGGAGCAGGAGGAGUUUGCCAGGGUCCACUUCUCUGCCUUUCUCAGAUGUCUUGUUGGCAAGCUGAGCCCUGACUGGCUGGAGCUGCUGCCCAAUGGCCAGUUAGAGGAGUUGUGGGCCAGCUUCUUCCUGGAGGGCCCCGCUGACCAAGCCUUCCUGGUGCUGAUGGAGGCCCUUGAGGGUACUGCUGGUCCCAGUUUUCGUCUGAUGAAGAUGGCGAGGCUGCUGGCCCGGUUCCUGAGCGAGGGCAGGAUGGCUGCUGUCAUGGAGGGGCAGUGUCGGCAGCAGACGGAGUUGUCCUUUCCUCUGCUCCAGGAGGCACUCCUGAUGAAGGUGGUGAGCUUGCCCGACCGCCUGGGCAACUGUCUGCAGCAUGAGAACCUAGCUGAGUUCUUCCCUCAGAACUACUUUCCUCUGCUCGGGGAGGAGGCCGUGCGGGUGCUGCAGGCUGUCGUGGACUCUCUCCGAGGUGGCUUGGACUGCUCAGUCUCCUUUGUGUCUCAGGUCCUCGGGAAAGUCUGUGUCUACGGGAGGCAGAAGGAGAUCCUGGGUGUGCUGGUGCCCAGGCUGACAGCGCUCACCCAGGGCAGCUGCCUCUGGCAGCGGGUGUGCUGGCGCCUGCUGGAGUGUGUGCCUGACCGGGCUGUGGAGGCCGUGCUGACAGGGCUUGUGGAGGCUGCUCCCGGGCCUGAAGUCCUCUCUCGACUGUUGGGGAACCUGGUGAUGAAGAGUAAAAAGGCCCAGUUUGUAAUGACCCAAAAGCUCCUGUUCCUGCAGUACAGAUUCACGACGCCUGUGCUGCAGAGCCUGCUGGGGUACCUGGCCAUGGAUAGCCAACGGCGCCCACUCCUUGUACAGGCCCUGAAGGAGCUCCUGGAGACGUGGGGCAGCAGCAGCGCCAUCCGCCAUGCACCCCUGCCACAGCAGUGCUAUGUCAGCAAGGCUGUCCUUAUCUGCUUGGCGCACCUGGGGGACAUGGAGCUCCAGGACAGCCGGGACGAGCUGCUGGCCAGCCUAAUGGCAGGAGUGAAGUGCCGCCUGGACAGCAGUCUGCCUGCUGUGCGCCGCCUGGGCAUGAUUGUGGCCGAGGUGGCCAGUGCCCGGAUCCACCCUGAGGGGCCUCCCCUAAAGUUCCAGUACGUAGAGGAUGAACUGAGCCGCGAGAUGCUGGCCUUGGCCACCCCCCAGCCCGCUGCUGACAGCCCUUUGGAGACGGGCCCAUCUGUCGCUGCAGAGAUCCCUGACAAACAGACUGUAGGUGGUGGAGUCCCCCAGGUGCCGCCUCAGGGCUCUGACUCCGAGCUUGACAGUGAUGACGAGUUUGUCCCCUACGACAUGUCAGGGGACCAAGAGCUAAAGAGCGGCAAGGUGCCCAUGUAUAUCCGGGACUGCUUGGAAGCCCUGACCACGUCUGAGGACUGGGAGCGCUGGGAGGCAGCCCUGCAGGCCCUCGAGGGACUGGUCUUCAGGAGUCCGGCUGCCACUCGGGAGGUGAGUGUGGAGCUAGCCAAGGUUCUCCUGCACCUGGAGGAGAAGACAAGCGUGGUGGGAUUUGAGGGGCUGCGCCAGAGAGCCCUGGUGGCUGUCACAGUCACAGACCCUGCUCGGGUGGCGGAAUAUCUGACCUCACAGUUCUACGCCAUCAACUACAGCCUCCGGCAGCGCAUGGACAUCCUGGACGUCCUGACUCUGGCCGCCCAGGAGCUGUCCCGGCCCGGGCGCCUCGGGAGGGCUUCCCCGUGCGGCUCCCUGGGCGCCGCGUCCCAGCCCCGCUGCGCCGGGGCUGCCAGCUGGCGGGCAGUGGUGGACGAGAGGAUCAGAGGGAAGACCCGGCGCUUCUCCAAGGGCGCUUCCAGGCAGGGACCGGCUGGCAGCCCCAACGAAUUCAACUCAGUGGCUGGCUACUUCUUCUUCCCCCUCAUUCAAGGUUUUGACAGGCCUCUGGUGACCUUCGACCUUUUGGGAGAUGACCAGUUGGUUCUUGGAAAACUGGUCCACACCUUGGGGAUCCUGAUGUACCUGGCUGUGAAUACCACGGUGGCUGUGUCAAUGGGCAAGGCUCUGCUGGAGUUCGUGUGGGCCCUUCGCUUCCAUGGUGACACCUAUGUGCGCCGGGGCUUGCUGUCUGCUGUCUCCUGCGUCCUCCUCAGUGUUCCGGCUGAGCGACUGUUGGAAGACCUGCCAGAUGAGCUGCUGGAAGCCCGGUCAUGGCUGGCAGACGUGGCUGAGAAGGACCCGGAUGAGGACUGCAGAAUGCUGGCUGUGAAGGCGCUACUGCUUCUGGAGAAACUCAAAGACAAGCUCCUUCCACUGUCUUCUCCUUAGUCCCUUGGCACCAUCCCGCUGGAGGAAGGGAAGGCCAGGAGGGCCGAGCACAAGGCCUGAGGAGCCAGGCUGACGCGUGGGCUUUGUGGUACAGCCACCCGUGGUGUGGGCCGUCCAACCGGUACUGAGUGUGUAAGCAGGGAGGCCCCUGCCUGCGCUGCUGUUCAGCCCAGAAGGUCUGAGUGCUCAGCUAAAAGUCCCUGCCAGGGCCUCUGGGUACUGCCCCCAGUGACCGAGCAGCCUGAACGCUGGGGUGGAGGGUCCCGAGGAGGGACACGGGGCAGGUUCUGCAGACGGUUGCAGGGGAGGAGAGGAGGGGCUGCUACUCAGGGCCUGGAUGUGCUCCAUGGGAGGUGCAAGAUGGGCAGAGCAGUGGCUGCUGGGCCCCGUGGGCUUCUUAGCAUCGUGUCCUCAACCCCUGUCCUCACCUACAGGCAGGUGAUGUUUAAAAAAAACCGACAAAAAAGUAAGAAUAAAAGGAGCUACAGGUGCUCAAACCAGUGCUUUGUGGUUCUCACUGCUCGGGCAGGGA